UGAAAUGUCAAGUCGGCAACCAGACGGUCACACUAGAUCGCCGUCCAAUCGCCGUCACUAGAUAUACUGUAAGCGUGUGGAGACGGAGUUAGUUGAGGCCGAGACAUCCCUGCUCCAGUUCUUCUGUUGCAGAAAGAUACCGGUGCAUCAUGCACGUCAGUUUGUUGACAGUCCUACUGGCCAUGGUUGUCAUGGUUAUUGGGCACGUCCCAACUGAAGAACAGCUUCAGGAAGCCGUCGCCAUGGCAACCAAGGAAUUGGAUAACGCCCACUGUGUCCGAACGGAUAACAAGGUCUUUUGUGAGGAAGAACCCAAACAAGCUAAGGUGGUUCCCGUGACUCACAGCGAGAGUCCGUGUGACAUGACAGCCACGCGCCGUUCCACGCCCAAAACAAUCAAGCUCAGUCGAUCAGCUGCCAUCUUGGAGAAGGUGGCCAAGAACCUCAUGAACAGUCCUGAACACUUCACCCUGGAGCAACUGAGCAAAGUGGAGUCCCCUAUCAUCAACAAGUUGUGUGUCAGCAUAGAUUGUGAGGAAUUGCAACAUAUGGAAGACGGCAAAGAGUUCCGGACAGCAGACGGCUGUGGAAACAACGAGGACAAGAGUUGGUGGGGAAGCACCCAGCAAUGCAUGAAAAGACUGCUCGAACCACAAUACGGAAAUGAUAAUGCGCCACGCACUACCGGCCUGGACGGCAAGUCCCUUCCCAAAGCCCGCCAUGUCAGCCGUGUUAUGCAUGAAGAUCUGCGGAAAUCAAAUCAUGAAACCAGCCUCAUGUUGAUGCAGUUUGGACAGUUCACGUCACACGAAAUCACGAUGUCGCCUGUCUCAGACGCUACCUGUUCUUGUGGCUCCAGUGAUCCUCAAUGUUUCAACAUUGAAAUUCCCCAUGGUGACCCGGACUUUCGUGGAAGGACCUGUUUAAAGUUCACCCGUUCUGUCCCAUGUCCGAAAGUAGAAAAUGACGGAGGGUGCAUGGGUCCACGCCAGCAGUUCGACCAGAUUACUUCCUUCUUGGACGCCUCCAAUGUCUACGGGCUCACGAAGAAAGACAUGGAUGACCUCAGGCACGGGUUUCUACUGACGCCCAGAUCAAACUCUGGCAACAGUAAGAAGGAACUCCUACCAGAGGCCGUGGACAACGACAAAUUUGCUAUGAGUUGUGAGGGGUUCACCGACGAUGUUCACAAGUGCUCACGGGCAGGAGACAUUCGAGCGAACGAGAAUCCGGGGUUAACCUCCUUGCACACCCUCUUCAUGCGAGAACACAACCGGAUCGCCAGGAAGCUCAACACACUCAACAGCCCGAAAUGGGGACCCGAUCGGGUGUUUUUCGAGGCCAGAAAGAUCGUUGGCGCGUUGUUUCAGAAAAUAGCGUACGGCGAUUAUCUUCCUCUAGUUCUGGGACCCGACUUCAUGACCAAGUUUGUCCUGACCCUCACCCAGCCGGAUAAGUACUUCCAGGGGUACGACAAAACCGUGAACCCUGGCAUCUAUAACGCGUUCAACACGGCAGCCAACCGUUUCGGCCACAGCAUGGUUCAGAAUGAAUUCGACCGCUAUUCGAAGGGCUUUCCGGAUGCCCGGCUCAACAGUCAGCACCCAAUAAAUCUGGCCUUUAGCUUCUUCAACCCAUCAUAUAUUUUAGACGAUGACCAAGGCGGCCCGGACUCCAUUCUACGGGGGCUAAUAACCGCCCAGUCCCGCCAGGACUUCGACCGGUUCAUAGUCUCGGGCCUGACGAAGCACCUGUUCGAGUGUCCUAAAAUACCCAAUAUCAGCUUUGACCUGGCAGCCAUUAACAUCCAACGGGGAAGGGACCAUGGACUGCCCGGCUACAACGCAUUUAGGGAGAAGUGUGGACUCCACCGGGCACCGAGGUUUGACGACCUCUCACCUGAAAUCCCUGACGCAACCACCCGGGAAAAGCUUCAGACCCUAUACAGAGACGUGGACGACAUCGACCUGUUUGUCGGUGGUCUUGCCGAGAAGUCCGUACCGGGCGGUAUCGUGGGUCCGACCUUCGCCUAUCUGAUCGGCAUGCAGUUCCAUGACAUCCGCAAGGGGGACCGCUUCUGGUUUGAGAAUCCCGGACAGUUUUCGGAAGACCAACUUAAGGAGAUCAAGAAGCACAGUCUGGCCAGUAUCCUGUGCGACAACACGGAUACAACCGACAUCCAACCGAACGUCUUCCUGCAGCACACACAGCCUGGGAACGACAGGGUGAAGUGCACUGAGAUUCUGCCCAAGAUGGACCUGUCGUUGUGGAAGGAGUAGAAGGAUUAAAGAGUUGUGAC